GUUAUUAAUAUUAUUAUCGCAUAGAUAUUUGUUUGUAAUAUAAGUGUAUUUUGAGCUUACUUUUAUUUUUUAACAUGCGUUAAUACAUUUCGCAUAGGGUAUGAUGUCGACUCAGCUGAGCGUUUCUAAUCCAAGGAGUGCAAUAAAAUCGUCAUAAUUCCAUCUUAUGUCAUCUCGAAUAUGGAGAUUUCAAUUUUUAAGUGAAAGUAAAUUUAAAAACCAUAACUAAAAAUUAUUGAAGGAAACAAUGGAACAAAAAUUAUGGAUAUGGAUAUGUAGUAUUUUAUUCCUUUUAACUAUAUGUAAUUGUGCUAGCCGCAAAAAAUAUGAAGAAACUAAAUGCCAUUAUUACAAUGAAACUACUUGUAACAAUUCUCGCAGUGAAGAAGAUUGUGUAAGUGCUAUCCAAAGUUGUAAAACCGGAGAAAAUGAUAAGCCGUCAUAUUGUUAUGCAGUUUGGUCAAAUAAUACUAAGACAAAUAAAUUAGAAAUUAAGCUUAAGGGUUGUUUUUUAAAUAAUGUCGAAUGCCUUGGUCAAAAGCAAUGCAUAGAAAAAAAAGAAGAAAUCAAACCUAAUGGCUUACUGUUCUGUUGUUGUGAAGGAGAUUAUUGUAACUCUGAAAUUCUUUGGGACCCUGUUCCAACAACUCCUCGAAUAGAGACAACAUCUGCAAAACCUAUACGUGAUGAUAAUGAAUUAAUACAUACCAUAGUGUUUUCUACCAUACCUUUGGUAGCUGUAGCAAGUAUGUUUUUAUUUGUUUAUUGGGUUUAUAAACGAAGGAAAAUACCUCAAUUUUCUCAUUGGGUUCCAUCAUCAGAUAGCUCUCACUUAGGGAAUUGUUCUCCUAUACUCAGCAAUCGCCCAAUACAAUUAGUUGAAGUUAAGGCAAGAGGUCGUUAUGGUGCAGUAUGGAAAGCUCUUCAUAAGAAAGAUACAGUAGCUGUUAAAAUAUUUCCUCCUCAAGAUAAAAACUCAUGGUUAGUAGAACAAGACAUUUAUCAAUUACCACACAUGCAACAUGACAAUAUACUAUCUUUCAUUGGAGCUGAAAAACAUGCUAGUGUUAUUGAAGGUGCCAAAAAUGAAUAUUGGUUGAUUACUGCUUACCAUGAAUAUGGAUCAUUAUGUGACUACUUAAAAUCUAACAUAUUAACUUGGGACCAGCUCUGCCAUAUUGCUCAAUCUAUGGCAAGAGGUUUGAUGCAUUUACAUGAAGAAAUACCAUCAGAACGUUCAGAUCAAUAUAAACCAGCCAUUGCUCAUAGAGAUUUUAAAAGCAACAAUGUUCUACUAAAACAUGAUUUAACUGCAUGUAUUGCUGAUUUUGGUCUUGCUUUAGUUUUUCAACCAGGAAAAUCGUGUGGUGAUACACACGGUCAGGUUGGCACAAGAAGAUAUAUGGCACCAGAAGUACUAGAAGGAGCGAUCAAUUUUUCAAGAGAUGCAUUUUUAAGAAUUGACAUGUAUGCAUGUGGAUUAGUUUUAUGGGAAUUAGCAACUAGAUGUACAGCACAACAAGGAGCUAUACCAGAUUAUAGGUUACCUUUUGAAGAAGAAGUUGGACAACAUCCAUCCUUGGAAGACAUGCAAGAAUGUGUUGUACAUAAAAAACUAAGACCUGCUUUUAAAGAUAGUUGGAAAUCACAUCCAGGUUUAAUAGCUCUAUGUGAUACAAUGGAAGAAUGUUGGGAUCAUGAUGCUGAAGCUAGAUUAUCAGCAUCGUGUGUAAUGGAACGCAUUACAUGGCAAUGUCGCCAAUAUAAUGGAACAGCAGUAACAAUGUUAUCACCAUAAAUUAUUGUAUUUGUACUAUAGCAUAAUAUUCAUCAACAACCUAGCUUCUGCAGGAGAAGACUUUGGUGUUUCCUUUUAUGUAAGUUAACUAAGUAACUUUGUAAGCUCCCUAAUAAGUUGUUGAUGUAUAUAAGUAGUAAGUGAAUACCCAACCUCUACCACCCAAUAGUGUUUUAUUUUUUUAACUAACAUAUUAUGAAUUCCAUGUUCAGUGACAAUAUUUUCUAUAAUUAUAGAAAGGUAACCUUAUUGAAGUUAUGUUAUGAUUAAUCAUAUAUAAAACAUUAUUGGGAGAGAUUCUCCAAGAACAAAAACACUUACUACUUAAAUUUUUUUAGGUAUUUAAUUUUCAUAAUUUGUUUUAAAUGGUCCAACGAUCAUACUUACGAAUAGUUUAGAAUACCUGUUUAUUUUGCAAAUUGGAAAAAAUCAAUUUUUUUGGAAUUAAAUUAUACUGAUUUAUACGACAUUAUUAAAUACAUUUUGAUAAAUACAAUUUAAUUUUCAGUUAUUUUAGAUGUUGUUGUUCUGUUGUUUACUUGGCUAAAGAUGAAAUACCACAAUUUUACUUUGUUAGUUGUUGUCAAUGUUUAUCAUAAAUUUUCUUAUUUGUGCCAUACUCGAUGUAUGGAAUACAUCAAAAUAUUUUAUUGAAAUUGAUUUUCUCCAUUUCUAUAUGUAUCUUAGAAUAAUAUCAUUAUAGUU